AUGAAGCAACAUCGGAAACAUCGGUGCGAAAGCUCUGUGUACUGUACUUGGCGUAAUAAGCAUCAAUCUCGGACGCGCGUGGUACAUUUACCAUCGGUCGUCAUCCAAUUUCAGGAUCUUCGUAUGUAUCUGUUGACGCGAUCAAGCGUAAGUAAUCGGUCCUCUCGUGCUUUCAAGGUAGAGUUAUGUUGGUGCUUGAUGAUCUUGAUCCAAAUAAAAUCGGUGAAUAUUAACAAGAUGCUAUUAUUGGAAGUGAUAGUGAUGUCAAGUAUGAUGUAUAGCAAGAAUACUAAGGUGGCGGGAGUCGCGUGAGAACUAAGUAAGUACGAUGAUAUCACGUUCUCACAACACACUCAUUGUGAUUGGUGAACAGAUUUAGAUGUAGACGUCUUCUUGGAACGAAUACACAUUUGUGUACAAUAGAGAUUGAUGCAUGUUGUAGUUAAUCACAUUAUGAUGAAUGAGAAGUUUCUGCUUGUUUUUGUCUACUUAUUUCGUAAUUGCGCUGGCGCUACGCAAACACAGCAUGCAAAGAGAAGAACGAUCAGCAUCAAUACAGUUCAAACCACACCGGUCACGACCUUCUUGAUGUUGCAAAGAGAUCCAAUCGUUUUUGAAAGGCUAACCCAUUCCAGUUCAAAAAGAAAUGCAUUAAUGUAAACAAUCUCGUCCGCUUGAAGACAACGAUCGUAAGCGGUGC